AUGGGAGACCAAAAACGCAUGUUAUGGAACCUGAAAGGCCGUAGUGCAGUGGGAGCUCUGGAUCCACCGACACGGCAUCGUAUACUGCAGUCUCAUGUGAUGGUUUCCUGUAUGCAUAAACCGCUGCUAGCCACAGUGGAGUCGCUCAUAACGGUACAGUAUGUAGGAGGUCUCAGUGGACCUUUGCAGAAACCUGAACCAUUCAUCUGUCUCAUUACACGACUUCUUCAAAUCACACCAGAUCCAUCAAUUGUAUUAGCUAUGCUACAUCAAGAUGUGCACAAAUAUUUACGUGUAGCUGCAAUGUUUGUCAUUCGCCUUAUCGGAAAUGAAAGUAUGGUACGUGAGGCUAUUCGAGUUGGUUGGGAUGACUACAGAAAGAUCCGUGUUUACGGUUUUCCAGAGGAUUGGAAUACCGUAAAGGAGGACAACCAGGAAAACUCCAAGGAGGAUGGGGAAGUUAUGAAUGCCCCAUCAUACGCCAUCAUGUGCAUAGACGAAAUUACCGACCGUUUGUUCAAUCUCGGGAACAAUACCAACAAUAACACAAAUGCAGAUCAAGGGUAUACAUGGUUGGGUAUUCGUUUUUCGCCUAUGCUUCUUUAG